AUGACUACAACAUAAACCUAUUCAAUCCCAUUGAAGGCGAAGGUGCUGAUGGACGGCCAGUUGUAGUGCCAGCGCGCGAUAGCUUCCGCAUGCAACGAUUUUUCAAGCUAAAUAGUUUUAAUAUACUGGCCAGUGACCGUAUACCCUUGAAUCGUACGUUAAAAGAUUACAGAAUAAAAGAGUGUCGUGACAAAAGGUAUGACCACAACGAACUACCCACAACAUCAGUGAUAAUAGUUUUUCAUAAUGAGGCCUGGUCGGUGCUCUUGCGCACAAUAACCAGCGUUAUCAACCGGUCGCCGCGUAAAAUGAUCAAAGAAAUAAUUCUUGUUGACGAUGCUAGCGAUCGCUCUUACCUGAAGAAGCAACUCGAGGCCUAUAUUAAAGUACUUACGGUGCCAACACGUUUGCUGCGCAUACAGAAACGCGGCGGCUUAGUGCCAGCGCGCUUGUUGGGCGCCGAGCAUGCUAAGGGCGACGUUUUGACCUUUUUGGAUGCGCACUGCGAGUGCACGCGCGGCUGGUUAGAGCCAUUGCUGCAGCGUGUGAAGGAGUCACGCACCAAUGUGGUAGCGCCGGUUAUCGAUAUAAUUUCCGAUGAUAAUUUUAGUUAUACAAAAACAUUUGAAAAUCAUUGGGGUGCUUUUAAUUGGCAGCUCAGUUUUAGAUGGUACAGCACCAGACGCAACAGAGCAACGCCAAAGAGUGACCGCACUGAGCCGAUCGCGUCACCGGCCAUGGCUGGUGGACUAUUUGCAAUCGACAAGAGCUAUUUCUUUGAAAUUGGCUCAUACGACAAAGAGAUGAAGGUACGGAUGUGCUUGAAAAUUGGAAUUAAAGGAGUAAUNCGCGAUUGCAAUGCGCAUCCCAAGUCUAUGGAUAUGUAUGUCGUUACACCGAAAGGACAAAUCAUGACUAAUGAUAAU